GCGUUCCUGUGUUUUUAACCUGACUGCCUCUAUGUGGGUUCGCUUCAAGGAUGUUAUCGACCCGAAGUUAACAGCUUAACGAUCGCUUCUUUCUGUGUACUUAUUAAUCACCUUGUGGGUAGGAAUGUAAAGUGAAGAAUUGUGAUAAUAAAUAUACAUUACCAGGAAGUAGGGUUUGACCUAUUAGCUCGCCAAAGAAUGUAUAUUAGAAAUGUCAGAUUGCAUUCGAGGUUUUUAUUUUAAAGGUGACAGGCAGAUAGUUUAUUCUGGUUUUCGUCAAUGGAGAUGGCAACUGAUAAAAACACAGUCAGUUUCGAAGACACUAAAUGUGAUUGUGAUAUGAGAGAGCCGGUUCUACGGGCCCACAACGAGAUACUCGAGUCUUCUGCUGAAAACAAAGUGCAGAUGAUUAAAGGUGGUCUGUUCCUUGGGUCAGUAGCCACAGCUGGGAUGCUAGCAGGUUUUGGCACAACUCUUGCAAUAGCAAAAAAGAAAAAUCCUGGAUGGUUCAAUAAGGGACUAAAUGCAACUGUUGCUGUUCCUGAGAGUGGGGCAUUACUGGCCUUGAGAGCCCUAGGCUGGGGUUCUCUUUAUGCUUGGUGUGGGGUUGGUUUGGUUAGUCUUACAAUCUGGAAGGCUUUAGGAGUACACAGUCUGACAGAAUUCCAAGAAAAGAUGCAAUCAAUGUUUCCUGAAAUUCCAAAAAGCACAGGAGUAUCACAGAGUGCUGAGCAACUCACUUUGGAAAAUCUGUUCAAAUCAAAGUAGUUGGUACUGAUUAGUAUGCAUAUAUAAAAAGGAAAAAAAAACAAACAUGCAACUUUUAUACAUUAUGGAAUUAUUGAAAAAUCCUGUCUUUCGCCACCCUCACCCCUUAAUAUUGUUCCAUAGUGUAGCUUUGUUCACUGCAGUUAUCCCUAAGUCAUUCUAGAUUAUUUUUAUUUGCUGCAGCACAACUUUGAGCCUCAAAGCCAUUGAAUGUACCUGUGCAUAUUUUAAAUAAAUGCAAGUGGUCUUUGAGGAGUGGCAGAUGGAGAUUAAUUUAGAUGAAUAUGAAGUGCUGCAUUUUGGAAAGGCAAGUCAGGGCAGACUUUAUACACAUGGUGAUAAGGUCCUGGGGAGUGUUGCUGAACAAGGAGUCCUCAGAAUGCAGGUUCAUAGUUCCCUCAAAUGAAGUUGCAGGUAGACAGGAUAGUGAAGAAGGUAUCAGAGAUAAUGGGAACUGUAGAUGCUGGAG